CAUACAAAUCCAUCUCAAAUGAAUGAAUGUUAUAAAAAUUAAAUUCUUUAUUGAAGAAUUAUGUAUGUUAAUGGAUUGCUCAAGCUAGUAAUUAUCAGUUACGCUUAGUUCCUGUGUGGGAUUAACGAAAGAUUGACACUACGAAGCAGGAGAAAUCACGGAAGAUGUGUUCCGAACCGUUACCAAAAGAGUUCGAAAAGACCUCUGAUGUUUUACCAUUUACAAAAUAUGGAGUAUCCACGUUGGAAGAGUUCAAAAAGGCUGAAGAAACAGUGCAUCAUUUGGAAUGGCUAAAGAAAGUGGGUUUAACGAAUGAGGAAAUAAAACUGUAUCAAGACGAUGUAGCAGGGCUUCUAGAUCAGCGGCAGAAGAUAGAAUCCGGUGUUUUGAAUAGCCAAUUAGAGGCCAUAAAUAAGAAAAUAAAUGAUUAUCAAAAUAAAGCAGGAAGUUCAGAUCAAUGUGAUAACCAACCAGGCACCUCUAAACAGGGAGCAGUCGAUAUUUUACAAAGAAUACAUAAGAAACCAGUAAAAUUCUACCCGGAAGGCCAUCCUAUGCAUGAAUUAAAAGAUAUAGAAGAUAAUCUAUUUGGCCACUUGAAAGAUGACAACAUAAUCCCUAUCACUAAGCGGCGGAAAAUCUUACGGCGACUAGAACGUAAGAAAGAAAGAGUGCUUUCACAAAGUAUAGAAGUUGGUACUGUACCUAAUGUGUCCAAGCCUCCAAAGCCAGGCAGUCUGUGGGAUGUUAAAGAAGUCCCAAACGGAGUCAAACCCGAGACUUCAAAAAGCAAUCAAAUAAUUGGACCUAAGAAACAGACUAUGUAUACUAUUAAAGACGACAAGAUUAUGCGGCUAGAGCCUGUGCGGCAAGAGGAACGGCCUGAUGAGUAUCAGGCUGUAGAUAUCGUGGUGCCAGUCAAUGCCGCAGAGGAACAUUUGUUGGAAGGAACUAAAAUGUGUGUUGAUGAUAUUAAGAAGAUUGAGAGGUUUAAAGAUUAUGAGCCAGGAAUUCCUUCUAAGGUACUCUACCUGAAGAAUAUCGCCCCGGCAGUGACGCAGGAGCAACUGUCUCUCCUGUUCAACCAGUUCGUGCUGGACAAUGGCGGGCCCGUGGACAUUCGACUGAUGACCGGACGGAUGAGGGGACAGGCGUUUGUGGCGUUUCAAAAUGAAGACGUGGCGAUACAGGCGAUGCAGGAAGUGAACGGCACCAUCCUGAGCGGGCGGCCCGUCAUCGCGCAGUUCGGCCGCAACAGCAACCGAAUAGACGAUAGAUAAACCGGAAACGACCACUUUUACAACCACACUCUUUUAUCGAUCGGGCGUUGGUGUCAAAACUGUCAAACUAGGGGCGCACUUUCGUGUUAUGUGUUGAAGGUUUGUCACUUUUCGAUUCUAUGUUAAGGCAUUAAGGUUCAAAAGUGACAAAACUUCAAAUUAUUGUACUUAAAAUUGCUGGUUAGUAAUCGUCUAACCUAACUUCUCUACUGGCUUUGCAGCGACAAAGUGUGGAAAAGCAACUAUAAAUGUCAUAUUUUGACGUUUUUUGUUGAAAGUUGACACCAUGAGUAUUUUUAGUCCAUGUUCAAGAUUUUCAUGAAUCAUGAUAUUUGACAGAAACAAAGUUUUCUUUUUAUGAACAUGAAAUAUAAUUAAUAUAUGGAAGGUUCUUUAGAUUUAGACAUGUGCAUAAGCUCGGUCAGUGGAUAUCCACAAGUAUUUGAAAUACUUAAAGAUAAAAAAGUGCGAUUUUAAAAGUAGAUUGAUGUAUAAACAAUACUAGCGUAUGGUAGGUCUGCUUCACUCACUUUAAAAGCCUUAAUUUAUUCAUGCGAUUUCAUAUGCACGAACAUUUCCUACAAAAAUAACAAGUAAUUUAACACUUACAACGUUGGAGACCUUUUUAUACGCUACUAUUAUUUAUUACACAAGAUAAAUUACAAAAUAUCUAACUUACUUUAAAGUAUUGAUGUUUACACCAGGUAUUCACUAGGAGAAAUAAAUCCUGUGAAUUCCUGAUUUAAUUUUAUUUAUUACUUAAUAUAAAUCAAGAUAAAAUUAUCAUAUUUUGUAUAUAAGAAUUACAUUUCUAAGCACU